AUGUUAGCGGUUCGUCGGAUCGGUGAAAACGGGUUAGACCGGUUUAAGGAUUUUGAGAACCAGGUUCGGGUUAUAGCGAAGCUGGUCCAUCCGAAUCUGGUUCGGAUCCGUGGGUUUUAUUGGGCUGCGGAUGAGAAGCUUGUAAUCUACGACUACGUUCCCCAUGGCAGCUUGGCUAAUGCACGUUACAAGAAAGUUGGUUCUUCACCUUCUCCGCUACCAUGGGAAGUGAGGCUCAAGAUAGCAAAGGGCACGGCUCGUGGACUAUUGUACAUCCAUGAUAAGAAACAAGUCCAUGGAAAUCUCAAACCAAGUAACAUUUUACUAGAAUCUGAUAUGGAGCCCAAGAUAGGAGAUUUCGGGCUUGAAAGACUGCUAGCAGGCGAUCAAAGUUACAAAGUAGGUGGAUCGACUCGAAACUUUGGUAGCAAAAGGUCGAAUACCUCUCGAGAAAGUUUCCCAGAUAUCGUGAUGGGGUCAAACCCGAGCCCUAGCCCAAGUUCUAUGGGGUGCAUUUCACCAUAUUAUGCCCCAGAGUCUCUAAGAAGUCUAAAGCCUAGUCCAAAGUGGGAUGUGUACUCGUAUGGUGUGGUGUUGCUUGAACUUUUGACUGGGAAGGUUAUUAUAUCAGAUGAGUUUGGUCCGGCUAGCAUGACGUGGAGCUCCACGCUGACAGUUGAAGAGAAGAAAAAGGUGUUGCGGAUGGUUGAUGUGGCGAUUCGUGCUGACUUGGAGGGUAAAGAGGAUGCUUUGUUGGCACUACUAAGAGUGGCUUAUGGUUGUAUAUCACCUGUCCCACAAAAGAGACCACAUAUGAAAGAGGUGGUCCAUGCUCUUGACAAGUUCCCUUCGGCUUCUUUUUCAUAUUAUUAGGAAAUGGGAAAUUAUAUUAUUAGGAAAUGGGAAAAUUGUAGAAAUAGAUAUGUAUUUAUGAUUGGGAAA